AUGGGAUUGAUUAUUUAUCUGAGUGCCUUCCUGGUCAGCUUUUUGCUUUCCUGCUCUUUCUUUGGAGUUAGUGCUGACACCUGUGCCAGAGAGUGGCUACAGUACCAGGGCAAUUCUUAUGGAUAUUUUGAGGCCAAGAAGACAUGGACAGAAGCUGAGAUUGAGUGCCAGAGUUACCAUCGUGGUGCCCAUUUGGCAUCUAUUCUCACUCUUGCAGAGACUCUAGUAGUGGCUAAUCACAUCAUGUCCUACCAGAUUAAACCCAGCAAUGUGUGGAUUGGAUUGCAUGACAUUAGACAUGCUAACUUCCUUCAUCUUCUUUUCAGCACAGCCCUGAAGCUGCUUGCUGGCCUCUGUACUGGCAUCCUGCUGUUUGGCUACUUGGGCUACUUUUCUCUCCAAGACAUUGAUGGAAGACAUAUAAGAUUUGGGACCACUCUUCAUUUUUCUAAUGGAAAAUGGAGAUGGUCUGAUGAAUCCACCUAUAACUAUAAGGCAUGGAUGCUGGGAAAACCCAACUUGAGUUGGUCCGUUCUGUACAUGGAGCCAAUGUUUCAAAAGAGUCCUAUCAUCAAUAUGAAGAAGCACCCAUCAGAAAUCGUAAAGAUUUCACUAAAUGGAAUAACACUGCAUGUUACACACUGA